AUGUCUUCAUCUCAGACCGACUCUAAGGUCGACCACGACGAACGCUUUAGACAGAGAAUUUUGAAAGGCUUUCCAGAAGAUCUCCAAGACAUAGCAAGUGACAAGGAUAAGCAAGACCUUCUCAUAUCUAUCAAGAGUUUUGCUUUCCGCCCCAUCAAAGAGCCACUCAAAAGACCUGUUGCGGACUUCUCCACGGUACAGAAGAAUCUAGACGUCUUGUGGUAUAUGUUCAUCAAAGCCAGCACCGCUAUAGACAGUGACAGCUUGUUCCAAGAUCACCUUGUCCUUCUUUUGUUGUGGACAAGACAGUUUGAUCUUGUACACAAAGAACUCUACGCUGGGCAGAAUAUCGCAAGAGACUGGGAAUCUUAUGGUUUUGCGAAGAGUUUACAGACAUUCUGGGAAGAGCUGGUAAAAGAAGGUUCAGAGGCUGAGCUGCGAAGUCUUGCAACCUUUUCUGCCAAGGCCUUAGCUGCUGGCAUAUGCGAAGAACAGAUUUCUUCGACUUGA